GGGCUGAGCUAGUCCUCAAACCCUUUGAAGAAGAGGAUCCCUGGGGUGGUAAGGAUGUUCAGUGGAUGAUGGAGUUGGCGUUGGCUAGUUCGCAUAAUCUGGUGGAGGACAUGAGGACGAUCGAGGAGGGACUAGGCCAGGUAGAACGGCAUGAGAACCUGAUGGGAGGAAUGUAUCUCCUCGUCAACACGUUAUUGCAGGAAAGUCUCGACCAGUCAGGCUCGUUGAACCCGGCAGGGAAUGUGGACGAAGUGCCCGAUAGUCAGGACGACGAGUUCGAAGAGGGGGAGAUUAAGGAGGUCUUUCGUGCAGAGGAGUAUGAUGGGAUCUACCUAGAGUCUGACUUUACGAAGGCAGUCAUGCCAAGAGGAGGGAAGGGGACACGGCCGCCGCGGAGGCCGUUGGGCGCAUCAAGAGGAUAUGAGCGGCAUGGGCCUCACCAUCGAGAGAGCAUUCCAGAGUACGACGGUGGCGACAUCGAGCUAUUCCUAGACAACUUCUGGGAGCAUGCGCGGCGUAUGGGUUGGACCGUGACCCAAGGGAUUGAGAGGCUGAGGGGAGUCGGCAGAUUUGAGGAGCCCGUUGCGCGGAUCCGUAGGGAGGCGACAACGAGGUCAAAGGUGGAGUUGAGGAUGCAGGAGCUGCGACCCUCGCCAGUGGGGUCUGAUGGCAGACCGAUCCGCCUGGAGAUUGAAAAUGCGUCGGACUUCAUCCCCGCGUUUGAGUGGUUCAUGCACGGGCAAGAUAUACCGAGAGACGAUUGGAUGCAGACAUUACCACUCUGGACCAGGAAGGCGGAAAGACCACUGGCUAGGCAGGUCAGAGGCAUGGCCCGGGACUGGGAGAGCUGCAGGGCACAUCUGAGAGAGGCCUUUCAACGACCAGAGCCCCCUCAGCCCAGAAUUGAGAGGCAUCAGAGGAGUCCGAGGCAGAGGGACCCUGAGCCCAGGGAGGCGAGACCAUCUCGAGGAGGACGGAAGGCCCUAGCCAGGAGAGAAGAGGAACCGGAGCCGGAGCCAGAGGCUGAGGAGCGAGGGGCAUACCCUGAGUGUGGGUUGGGACCAGUGGAGUUCCAUCGGUUUACCGAGGGUGGAUUGAGGAGGUCGCCAGCACGCACGCAGGAGGAGCUGCCAACAUCUGAGGGGCACUUGAGGGAGUUGGAGGCGCAUUUGGAUAUCUCUUGGUGGAGAGCGUCGCCUCAGGGUGAGGAGUGUGGAGAGCAGGCAGAGGGGGUGCCUCGAGAGGAGGUGCCACGAGAGGAGGUGCCUCGAGAGGAGGUGCCACAAGAGGAGGUCCAGGAUACUCAGCGAGAUAGAGAGGUAGGCGAUGAGGGGAGACGUGCAGGGAAGGAAGUGAUAGAGGUUGGAGAGGACACGCCCCCUCAAACGCCAGCGGUGGGUUUGAGACUCGGGGAUGCACCAGGGAGCACUCGCCAGGGAGGUGAGAGGUUGCAGAGAGAGGAGGCCCCAUUGCCUUCAUCAGAAAAGACCCCUUCGCCAGAGGGGAGAGCAGAAAGGAGGAGAGAGAGGGCAGUUGUAAGGAAAGAGGCUUUGACCCUGAUUGACAGGCACCUAGCAGCUCAUGCCCUGGAGCACCCAGACCUGGAAGAGCCAGCACCUGCAGAGCCGCGCCAGGAGUCGUGUCAGCCCGAAAAGGAGAUGGAGGCAGAGAUCCCAAAGAGGGUCGACCUCCGCACGAGGGAAAGAGCGCCAGCUGGAGAGACAACUGAAGAAAAGAGGGCGAGAAGAACCAGGAGGAUAAACGAGAUAUGGCAAGAGAGGCAGAGGUUGGAGGCAGCGGGGGAGCUUCCGGAGCAGCAGCAGGAGAGGCAGAGAUCGGAGGCAGCAGGAGCACUCCCAGGUCAGCCACCCAGCGCGCCAGCUAGGGCCCCGGAGAUCCCAGAGAUGUGGAGGAAUUUCUGGGAGCAAAAGGGAGAGGAGCUUUCGUCGCCAGUCAAAGCCGAGUUUGGGGUGGCCAGUAAGGCAGAAGAGAGGUUAGACCGCAAAAUCAAGUUCCUGGCCAAGACAACUUUUGACCGGCACUUGUUAUUGGAGGGCGAUCUGGCAGGGAAGAAGAUAAAGGAAGCAAGCCAUGGAGUACGCCUGGAGGCUAUGGAGGUGGAAAUCCAGGAACUGAGGGUAUCGGUGGCCAGCCAGACAGCUAUCAUUGAGAGUCUGAGGCAGCAAACCCAGGGAAAGGUGGACAAGCCAGAGAGCAGUAGGCAGGGAGAGCAGAGGCAGCCAGGACAUGGGUUACCAGGACAGCCAUCUGCAGCAGAGUCUCGCCAGGAGUCACCUAUGGGGAGAGUUAUCCUGGAGCCACAGGAGGCGAGAGCCCAGAGACAGGCGGAGAGAGAGGUCUUUGAGUUCAGAACCCUACCGAGCUCGCGACGCUGCCUGUAGCAGCGGCAGGCCCGGUCGUACCUUUGGCAGUUGAGGAGGGGCUACCACCAUCUAGCAGUGAGCCGGCUCAGGGCUCAG